AUGGACGACAAUCAUGAAGAGUUCUUGAGAACUACAUCAAUACCGUCUCCUCUUACUAUUGCAGAGGUCUCAACUUCACCUAGAUCUAAAGGCAGGAAAAUUGAUGCUUCAAUAGAUCUUAAUAAGAAAUCUACUAAUAAAAGCGCAACAAGAUCCAAUCAAAGCAACACCACACGUACAUCGCCAGCGGAUCACGAACAUUCUUUCUUGACCGAUGCGAGCGAUAUUAAAAAAAUGGAAGAUGGUUUACUGGUAUUAUUGAAUGAUUUUCAUCAGGGAAAUCUCCAGGCUUUCGGAAAUGAGGAGACUUUUGAAAAGAUGGAUAAAAUUCGUGAAUUGCAAGAGAAAUUAAGUCAAUCCCAUUUCAAAAUAGAAGAAGAGUCAAAAAGGACGUCACUCUCGCAAGAGAAUGAGGAGGAAUGGAAUAACAAAUCUAAUCAACAGAUAAAUUUAUUGAUGAGAAAUACGGGGACUACAGCAAAGUGA